AUGUCCACUCCAGUUGACAACUCUUUGACCAGUCUCAAGGCAUCCACUGCCCAGAUCAUGGCCAUCAUCAGCGGUGCCUGGCAGAUUCCCCCAGGUAACAGCCACUUUUCUCUGACAACACAGGUCAGUUCACUUGUGGCUCAAGUGAUCAAGGACUAUGGGCAUGACUCCCCAGGUCUGGCCCAACUGGCACAACAUCAGCUCCUCGCCUGGGAGGCCUUAGGUGACCAUACCUUUGAUCUCUCAGUUGCUGCUCCUCCCUCCACAGGUCUGAUUCUAGUGGACCUUCCCUCCCCACCCAUCCACACUGGCAAUGUCACCGGUCCCUCCACCAGCACCACCGCCAAGUUCCGGGACAAGGGGAAAGGUAAGGCUGUCGAUGCUGACCUGGAGCCUGAGGCGGAAGGGAGCCGGAAGAGGAAGUCUCCCAUGAUUUUGGGACUCUCCUCCCAACCACUGAAGUCUGUGAUGAAGACUCGCAAGCAUGCGAAGUCCUCUUGCUGGGUGACGUCCAAGCCCCUAGUGGACUCAGAAGAUGAGGAAGAUGUGGGUAUUCAGCCAUUGUUGGGUGGAGUGCCAGAAGUCAUCCUUCCCUGGCUCUCCAAUUCACCUAGAUCACCCCAGGUUCUGACCAAAAAGCCCUUUGGCCCCACUACAGUGAUUGCCAGCAGUCACCCAGCAGUCAUCGAGCCCUCCCAGCCAACUCCUGAAAGCCCGGUGGAGGCACCCCCAGUCAUCGAUGGAGGUGAUAUUCUCAUUCCCAGACCAAACAACCCAUGCCAGGCUUGCACCAAGCUAAACUGGGACUGCGCAACUCGGUUGGACAAGAGGACCGGGAAUCCGUGUAUGUCAUGCAUCUGCUGCACGACAAAGAGGAUCAAGUGCAUCCUGGCAACUAUGGGUACCCCGCCAAAACACAUUCAUGGGUCCUCUACCACCUGGAACACAAGGUCCAGGAUGCCCUCCAAGGCUCCCUCCAAAGCUCCCCCCACCUCCCAAUCCAAGGCCCAGACUCGCAGUCAGUCUCAUGGCAAGUCCAGAACUCCAGGUGUCACUGCUGUGACAACCCCCAAGACCCAGACGUGUGGUCGCAGCAAGACCAUCACUGCUGUCAAGGCACCCGCACCUGCACCAGCUCAUAAGUCACCCAAGUUUUCACCUCCAUCUUCGAGUUUGGCAGUCCCUGCUCCAGCACCCAGUCCAACAGUCCCUGCUGCAGCACUUGACCUGCCCAUGCUGGAUCUCCAUGCCAUGGCAAUUGCAAUUCGGGAUGGCACAGCUUGCAUUGCCAUUCUCGAGGCUCAUGUGGCAGAGCAGGAUGCCAAUGCAACAUCCUUGUUGCUUGAUCAAUCCGUCCCCCCAACCAUGUCACCAUCCGCAUCUGCACUCCCCCCUCUCAUUGAUCUCUCAAUUGGAGAGAUGACGCCUGCACCCCCGAAAUUUGAGGAUGCCUCUGCCAUUGAGGGCCUCCUGUUUGAGUACAACCAGGUUGUUCAACCAGAGCUUUGA